CGGACCCGCGUGCCUGAGGCAGCCGCUGACGUCACGCGGGCACCCAUCCGAGCCCAGAGCAGGCUUCACGAUAUCAUCAGAAGACCUUGCCAACUCAUCCCACUAGUCCUUUCAUACAGCCCAAUAAUCAUCAUUCUGCAACCUUUGGACACCAAAGGCUGGCCCUCAUAGGCAUCCCUGACGACAGAUACAUCCCCACGAUGCCUAUUGCUACAUACCUGCACUCAGCCCAGGCCCUCCUCGCCGCCUGGGGCGGCUUCCAGUCCGCCAUCGCCAUCACCCGGCUGCAAACCUACGAGUCCGCCUCUGAGAAGCUCGCAGAAUGGUCAUCCGAGGCCGCACGCCAGCUGCACAAGACGCGCACGACCCAGGCGUCUGGGGCCCUGGGAUUCCUCUUCUCCUUCGCGGCGUCGGUGUUCCUCGCCACUUCAGACCCCACGGACCGCAACAGCGUGCUCGCCUCACCCUUUCUGCGGUACAACGCCGCGCCGACCAUGGUAAUCGCACUGCUGCUUGCGCGGACGCACAUGCGCAAUUACUGGGCGCCGCGCGGGGAUGGAAAGAAGGUCGGGUGGAAGCCGCCGAUCAAGAUGAUGGAGGAUUACAACGAGGCGCAGCGGAGGACGGAGAACAUCAUGGUCAUUCUGGAGGCUUGCGCAUACUCAUGGAUGGUGGCUGCCGUGAUCGUCUUCUUCGGAUGGUGAGCAGGUGCACAAGGGGCAAGCAAGGCAGUGCGGACACAACCCUGGACAGCGAAUUUUCCAAUCAACGACGCGAGUUAACUUGACUAUGAUUUAUUACGCCUUAUGAGGU